AGAAGAUCCCUACCAUUAAAGAUGAGCCUCUUUCUUUUUCUUUCUUAAAAAGAACCAAAAACACAGUCCCGCAGUUUGCUUCCAAGUCCCGCCAUGGAAGCCACUCUUCUCAGCUCUCAACGCUUCCAGCCCCAACUCUUCCCCUCUAAAUUUCGAGGUUCUGAUACUCCAAUUUGUUGCCCACCCUUAGUUAGAAUCAAAGCCAACUUUGUUUCCCUCAAGACCAAUCCUUCACAAUUAUGCAGCACAAAUUCAAUUUUGCCAAACAGGUCUUUAUUCUCCAGAGUAAGCACAAGAGUGUCUGCUAAGUUUUCGAACCAAUUCCGAAAUGAAUAUACCGAUGUUGAGGCCACAGCUGCAGAAUCUCUAAAUCUUGAAGUUGCUCCGCCGAGGCCGAAUGGCGGGAGAGGUGUUGUUACGCCGGAUGAGAUUGGCGACUCCAGUGGUGCGGAGGCGAAACCUGUAAUGUUUAGGAACAGGUUUCUGGAUUUUGUGAGGAUAAGUUCAGUGAUUAAUAAUGCUGCUGAGUCGUUUUUCAAAAGUGAGAUUCGGAGGAGGUUGUUUGUGACGGCAGUGCUGAUUGUGAUCAGUCGUGUUGGUUAUUUCAUUCCUCUGCCUGGGUUUGAUAGAAGGUUGAUACCUCAGGAUUAUCUCAGCUUUGUCUCGGGAUCAGUUGAUGAGCUCGGCGAUUUUACAGCAGAGCUUAAAAUGUCCUUGUUCCAGCUUGGAAUCAGUCCUCAAAUUAUAGCAUCGAUUAUCAUGCAGGUACUCUGUUAUGUCGUCCCCUCCCUAGUAAAGCUGCGGAAAGAAGGCUUAGAUGGUCAAGAGAAGAUUAAGAGUUAUAUAUGGUGGAUGUCUCUUGGCUUUGCAAUUGUGGAGGCUGUGAUACUUGCUUGUUAUUCACUUCCCUAUUCAAUCUAUGUAGCUAGCCACAGGGUCAAGCAUGUGAUGCUGACAAGUAUGUUAUUGGUCUGUGGUGCAAUGACAAUGACGUGGAUAUGUGAUACCAUUACAGAAUCUGGAUUCGGCCAAGGUUCAUCUUUAAUAAUAUGUGUGCAAAUAUUGAUUGGCUACACAGAGACAUUAUACAAAAUGUUGACCCAGCUUUCAGGAAGUUCUGUUAGUUGGUGGCCAUACUUAUUUGGAGUAUUGGGCGUUUUCACUAUAGUCACUAUGUGGGCAGUUGUGGUAACUGAAGGAUGUAGGAAGAUAAAGCUUCAGUACUACGGUUUUAAGCUGGCUUCUGCUGCAAGGGAUGACUCACCUAUUACUGAAGUGGAGCCCUAUAUACCUUUUACUAUUAAUCCAGCAGGAAUGCAGCCUGUUCUCACAACUACUUAUCUCUUGGCAUUUCCCAGCAUUCUUGCAAGUCUUCUUGGUUCGUCUUUCUGGGAGCAUGUUAAGGAGAUAUUGAACCCUGAUACUUCUAUUGGUGCAGCGCCUUGGGUGUACUACACAGUAUAUGCGUUUUUUGUCUUUUUAUUCAAUAUAUUUGACAUAGCCAACUUGCCCAAGGAAAUUGCUGACUACUUAAAUAAGAUGGGUGCAAGGAUACCAAAUAUAAAACCUGGAAAGGCUACGAUUGAAUAUCUCACAAAGAUUCAGGCAUCGACACGUUUUUGGGGUGGUGUAUUGUUAAGCAUCUUAGCAACAACAUCAAGCAUACUUGAUCACUAUUUACGUAACAUCAAUGCGGGAUUUUCAAUCGGGUUGACAUCAGUCUUAAUAAUAGUGGGUUCGAUUAUUGAACUUAGAAGAUCAUAUCAAGCAUAUAAUGUGAUGCCAAGUUUAAGUAAAGCCUUAAGACGGUACGGUGUGUAGCUUCCAGGCAAUCUUGUGCCUUCUAGUCCUAAGUGCUGGAAUUCUCAGACCGAUGAAACACCUGCAGCAGAAAGGGUUCUUACAUUACGAUCUGGUUUAAGGGGUCUGUACCGGUGGUUUUGAGCAGCAGCUAAUACCAAGGUCAUCGGAAAAUACAUACACAAGACUCAUCGCCAGCAUGGUUUCUGUAUCUUAUGGAAACGAUUAUGUUUCCAUUAGUUCAUCAAAGCAACCCUAAUUUUGUAACCCUAAGUUUGUCAUGUCUACAGAUAGGAAUUUCAUAUAGAUGUUAAAUUAGUUGCAAUGCAAAAGUAUAGUUGGUUAUUUUUGUAA